UUGAGAGCACACCGAGCCGUUUAUUUGCCCUGACAACAAUCUUGGCUGUCUCAGUUUGGUUAGAAAAUUAGAGUGUAAACACUGUUGCGCCGCGCAGUUGAAAACCAACAAUCUUUGUUUGAAUUUACAAUUAUUUUCUGGGUGCAUACAAAGACAGGAAAAUCCGAGUGUCUCCCUCUUUUGAUUUGUUUGAUUACUGCAUCAAGAGAGGUGCAGCUAGAACUACAAACAUUUGUUUGCUGAUCAACUAUUAUAAAUCAAACAAAGUGAUCUUUGGAUAAAAAGUAGAGUAGGACAAACAUCAAGGACAAACAUUAAACUUAUUCUUAAACCCUGUGUUUGCUGAACACACAAACAUACAGGAGUAACAAACACUGUAGUACUUUAAACACAGUUUAAGAAGUCCCCAAUUAUUCAGGGGCGUUCGAAAGUGAAGAGAGGGUUUAGCUGGAGACAGGGGCGCCAAGUUUAAUGCUUUCAAGAGGGUGAGGAUGCUCCCGAAUAAAUUCUACCAGGGGGAGGGGGGAGGUUGCCCCCCCUCUUCCAUGUCUGGUUCUCUGUCCCAUCUUCCUAGCUACAGUAUGCAGUCUGGAAUGUCCUCAAUGGCCUCUGCAGGAAUGAACAGCUAUAAUUCAACAUUUAGUAACAACAUGAUGGGCUCGCCUCUUUCCUCAAUGCCACCGAUGCAAAGUUUAAACUCCCCCCACCAUGGAAUGGGACCGAGUAUGUCUCCUGUCCCAUACAUGUCCUCUCCUAUGGGAAUGUCUGGGAGCAUGUCCCAAUGUAUGGGAGGAGGAAUGUCCCAGGGGUCCCUGGGGUCAAGGGACUAUUUUCCAGAGCAGGGUAGUCCUAGAUCCCGCAGCUCAAUGGAUUCUAAAAGCUACAGACGAAGUUAUACUCACGCAAAACCUCCAUAUAGGUAA